AUGAGCGUUGAAGUUCUUUCAGUGGGACUUCUGAAAAUACUAACUUUUGAAUUAUAUAUUUUAUCCAAAAUUAUCCCUCUUUGCCAAGAUCCCCACCUGACUAUCUUUACUAAUUUGAUCUUAAUUAUGGGUUUACCUAAUAAGACAGAAAGUGUAAUAGACUACAGGAAGCACACCAGAUGGCCAGAUUGUCAGGUCCUCUUUGAAAUGGAUCCUGCCUACCAAAGUAAAAUUGUGAGUCUCUUGACUAUUAUUGGUGACUCAAUGGGCCUAGUUACUGUUUACAGCUCCAACUUUAUAAAAUAUUAUGCCACGGUAGAGAAGGCCAAAAUCAUGAGUAUGAAAAUACUGUUGUCUAUAGAAGAAUUAACACCAGCACAGUUUAAAACUAUAGUAGCUAAAUUCAGAAGCUAUCUUAGACAUAUUGUUAACAUGGUCAUUGAGAAACACAUUGGCAUUUUCAGUAUUAUAAAUCUGGAUUAUCAGUCAAAAUGUUUGCUGUAUGUUGAGGACAUAAUACAUAUGAGCCACAACCUCUUGCAAUCUGUAAUUGAAAAAAAGAAUGCAAAUAUAUUAGAAGUUGUAGAAUCAUUGCAAAAACUGGAAUAUGAUCCCACUGAAGUGGAAGAAUUUGUGGAACAUUUUACUUUUUUGAAUGCAAUUUCCACAAUAUCUCAAUUAGGAAAAGAGUACUCAACAGUUACCCAGCUGUUUUCUGUUGUAAGGUAUUACCAGAUCCAGAUUUCAGAAGAACGUGCCAUAUAUAAAAUCCUUCUUAUCAAGUUUGCUCAACUAAAAACUUCAGUGAAGUUAAGUGAAACAAAUAAAGAUGCUGCUAUUGCUAAAUUCAGAGACAAUUUAGAAGCAUACAUCACUGGUCUACGAGUUGAUGUUAUUAAUUUAAAGACAAAACUAGACCACAUUGGGCUGCACCUCCUGGAUUGCGCCCCCACAGCCCUAGAUGCCUCAGGACUAUCCCUUGCCCCAGCUUACCAGGAUUUCCCUGGACCAUGCCUCCUGAUCCCUGAUAUUCUGUGGCAUACACCCUGGCCAGUGCUCACUGGGACACCCCAAGUCCAUGACCACCUGACCUCCAACCAGGUAACCAAACUGACAGGCACCUGCAGUCUACCCAUGGGAUGUUCCUACACAGCCUGCCUCUUCAAUACUGGGAGAGGUUUACCUAAAAACGACAUGGUAAGGCAUCUUAAGCAAUCUGUGACAGAUUUUAAACAAGAGCUCCCUACUAUCAUAGCUCUGGGAAACUCCUGUCUCAAGCCAAGGCAUUGGAAGGUCCUCCAAGAGAUUAUUGGAAAAUAAGUUUCUCUUAAUAUAAACUGAGAGAAUCUUCUAGCACUCAAGAUGUUUCAGUAUGAAAAUGAAAGUGAAAUAUCAACAUUAGCAACUAAUGAAGCUGCUCUUGAAAAAAUGCUGUUUAAGAUUAUUGAUCUUUGGAACACUACUCCAUUACAUUUAGUUCUUCAUCACACAGAUUAUUCUAUCCUAAUAAUUUCAUCCAUAGAUGACAUACUAGCUCAGUUAGAAGAGUCUCAGAACAUACUUGCAAGAGUCAAAGAAUCUGCAUAUCCAGGGCCCAUUAAGGAUCUUGUGGAUGAGUGGGAUCAAAACUUGACUCUCUUCACUUACACUCUUGAGGAAUGGAUGAAUUGUCAAAGAAACUGGCUACAUCUUGAACCAAUCUUUCAUUCUUUAGAAAUACAAAGUCUCAGUGGUUGUGAUGAGCCAUCCAGAAUUACCCACAAAUGGCGUUUACAGCCUAAAGAAAUUUAUAUGCCUAGGAGAGCCAUCUGCUAUGACUACCUUGAAAUUAAAAGAAUGAUUUUCCCAAGAUUUUACUUUCUUGGCAAUGCUGAACUUCUUGAUAUUCUAGCCAAUAGCAGAAACCCUGAGUCUGUACAGCCUCAUCUUGUGAAAUGUUUUGAAAAUAUAAAACAGUUAUUGAUAUGGAAACAAGAAAUUGGCCCUCCUGCUGUGAAAAUGCUCAUUUCUGCUGAAGGAGAGGCUCUUGUGCUGCCCAAGUAUGGUCAUGUGUCACACAUGAGACAUUAUGUCACACACGAGACAUCGAGUUACAUGCAAGACAUGUAUCACACACGAGGCAUUCAAGACUCCAUAGAACUUCAUGGUGACUACCUUGAAAUUAAAAGAAUGAUUUUCCCAAGAUUUUACUUUCUUGGCAAUGCUGAACUUCUUGAUAUUCUAGCCAAUAGCAGAAACCCUGAGUCUGUACAGCCUCAUCUUGUGAAAUGUUUUGAAAAUAUAAAACAGUUAUUGAUAUGGAAACAAGAAAUUGGCCCUCCUGCUGUGAAAAUGCUCAUUUCUGCUGAAGGAGAGGCUCUUGUGCUGCCCAAGAAAAUUCAUAUAAGUGCUGUAGAACACUGGCUGGUAAAUGUAGAGAAGAGCAUGUUUGAUGCGCUAAAAAGUAAAUUUGUAAGCCAAGCAGUUGAAGACUGGAAUUACAAUCUUUUUUCUGUAUGGGUGUUGUCUCAUCCAGGGGAAGUGGUACUCACUGUGUUAAUAUGCUUUGAUAUACAAAUCAAGUUUUAUAAUGAUUGUAUGAAAAGUUUUAUGAGUUCUCAUUCAAGAGAAGAGCUGGAGAAAGUCCAUGCUGGUCUGAAACGUUGUCUAGAGGAGAUCACAGAGCUGGUGCUGCUGGAUACCAGUGACUCUCGAACAAAAGCUGUGCUGGGGGCUUUGCUUACCCUUUCCAUUCACUGCAGAGAUACAGUGAGAGAUUUACUACUGAAAAAUAUCUUCAGUGCAGGGGACUUUGAGUGGCUGUGUUGUUGCAGCAAAGCCAGAGAAAUUGAGGGGGCAGGCACAGAAGGCUGCAGCGUCCUCACCACAGGAUCUGGUGGGCAAAACGGAGGUGGUUUUCCUUCACGGGAAUCUGCUAUUCACCAUAACGGAGGGCAGAAUGGUGAAGAGACCCAGGCAGUGAGGAAUCUGGACAUCUUUGAAAUAGGGGAAUUUAGGAACCAUUUCUAUAUGGGUUUAUCCAAGAUCUUGGAAGCAACCACUCUAGUUACAGAUAUGCAGAAGGAGCUCUUGAUUCUUGGCCCUCAAAUAAAACAAAAAACGAAGGAAAAAGAAAUCCUAAUGGAAAAACUACAGAAAGAUUCGCAAGUAGUCAAGAAAGUUCAGAUGCUUGUGAAACAAGAGGAAGAAAUUAUGGCAGAAGAAGUAAGAAUUGUAGAAGAUUAUGCUCAGAAAGCUGCCAAUGAACUUAACAGUGUGCUGCCAGCUAUCGACAAGGCGACUGUGGCUCUGAGUGCCCUGGGUAAAGCUGAUGUUGCUGAAUUAAGAGUAUACAUACGGCCUCCCUUCCUUGUACUGAGUUUCAUGAAUGCAGUCUGUAUUCUUCUGUAAAGGAAACCUAACUGGACUACAGCAAAGUUACUUCUUUCAGAAACUGGUUUCCUAAAAAAACGGAUUAACCUCGACAAGGACAGCAUACCUGAGAAGGUUUUCAUGAAGCUAAAAAAAAUUUUAAUCUUACCCAACUUCAACACAAACAAGAUUGCUCUAGCUUCUGUUGCCUGUUGCUCCACGUGCCAGUGGGUCAUAGCUCUGAAUCACUACCAUGAAGUACAGAAGCUGGUGGGUCCUAAACAAAUCCAAGUAGCUAAAGCUCAAAAUGUCCUAAAAAUUUCCCAACAAAAGUUGACUGAAAAACAAAGAGGUUUACAGCUGAAUGAAGAAUAUCUGCUGGUUUUGCAGGCAACCUACAAAGAUAUUGUGGCUCAAAAUGAACUGUUAGCAAGUUGAAGGAAACUGGCCGCCAGGCGCUUGCACUGUGCUGCCAUUUUACUGAUGACCCUGGAAGAUGAAAAGAACAGCCUGCAGUGGCUACUGAUAAUUGACCCAUACAAGCAAGCACACAGCUGGAUCUGUCAGAUGGAAGGAUUGAGGCUGCAGGAGCUCUCCACCAAGGAUAGCAAUUACAUCAAAAAAAUAGAAAAUUCUGUGAUAACAGGAGGGUGUGUGCUCUUACAGAAUCUCCCUGAAACAUUAGCUCCAAUUUUAAAGGCAGCUUUGAAGAAGGAUAUCUAUCAGAGAAGAGGACAGUAUUUCCUAAGGGCUGGUGAUUCUGAGAUUGAAUACAAUCCCAAAUUUAGGCUAUACAUAUCUACAGAAAUUCACAAUCCCAAUUUUCCUCCAUCCAUUUAUAACUUUGUUACUAUGAUCAACUUCUUGGUAACAGUCCAAGGUCUGCAGGAUCAACUCUUAUCUACUGUAUUAGCUCAUGAAGUUCCUUAUUUAGAAAAUCAACGUUUCCAAUUAUUAGAGAGGAUUUCCCUUGAAGAGACUCUUGAAGAACUGGGGGAAGAAACAUUAAAUGUACUGCAGAACUCACAAGGAGAUGCAGAAGACCCCACAGUUAAGGGGAGGGCAUUCCUCAAGACCAUCCGGAGCCAGAACUGUGCUGGUGGUGCUGCCUUGGACCUGGAAACGAGGCUGGCACUGGAGCUCUUAAAGGACAGUGGUGAAUCAAAGCCUUUCCCGGGUUCCCACAUAUACAAAAUCUGCAGAAAUCAACAUCUUCAGUGGUUGACGGAUUCCAUGUGGAAGCAGUGCCAGUAUAUCAGUAAUGAACUGGAACCAUUUUCUCUCCUAUGCAAAUCCCUUUUGUCAAAUGAAUCACAAUGGAAGGCUUUUCAAAGCAGUAAGGAUGUAUAUUUUUUGAUGAGCACAUCUUUCUCUUCAGAAAAUUCUUCAUGGGAUGAAAGUAAGAAAGUGUUCAGUGAGACUGAGCUUUUGAAUGAAAAUGAAGAAAUAGAUAGCCCUAUUAAUUUUCCCUGGAAAAAACUCACUCCAUUUCAAAGACUUAUUUUGAUAAAACUUCUCAGGCAUGAACAUUUAAAGAAUUCAGUAAGAAAGUUUAUAACUGAAAAAAUGGGAAGUGAAUAUAUUUCCAGAACUGGACUUAAUUUGAAAGAAUCAUAUAUAGAAUCCAGUGCCAGAACCCCACCAGUUCUUAUUCACCCCCAUGGGGUUGUCCUCACCAGGACUGUCCUGAAAUUUGCACAAGAGUUAAAAGGAACUACACGUCAUAUCCACGUGAUUUCUCUGAGUUGUGGCCAGGCAGCUAAAGCAGAAGACAAGGCCCUGGCCAACACUGCGCGGUAGGUCUUCCUCCAGAACUACCAUCUCGCAGUGUCCUUUAUGCCCAUGCUCUGUGCUAUCAGAGAAUCAUUGAACAGUCCACAUGUGACAGUAGACCCUGACUUUAGGCUAUGGUUAAGCUCAAAAUCAGAUAAUUCUUUCCCAAUUCCUAUUCUCCAAAAGAGUUUAAAGAUCGCAGUGGAAACUCCCGAGGGAUUGAAAAGCAAUCUGCUUCAGACACUUGGAUGUAGUGGGAGUGGAGAGGUGGCAGGAGAGACAUUUGAAAACCAUGACUGUGGGCCGUGGUGGAAAAAACUGCUCUUCAGCUUAUGUUUUUUCAAUGAAAAUAAAAGGAAAAAAUUAUCAAAUAUUGCUUAUGAAGUUAGUUCUUCAGACUUGGAGGUUGCCAUAAAUGUGCUGGAAGACACCCUGAGCAGGCAGCCUAGCCCCCCGUGGCCCACCCUGUGCUACCUGAUAGGGGAGAUGGUUUACAGUGGCUGGGUGACAGAGAGCUGGGACAGGCGAUGUUUGAACAACACCCUUCUGUACAAAUUUUGUAAUCCUGAAGUGCUGAAAGAUGACUUCAGUUUCUUUAUGCCAAAAUCUGCAAGCCUAGAAGAUUACAUACAUAUUGUCCAGUCCUUGCCUGAUGAUGACCCUGCUGAGCCCUUAGGAGUGUACCCUGAGGCCACAAGGAGCUACAGGGAGAUCCAGGGCCAGAAGUUCACUGACAGUCUCAUUGCCAUGCAGCCAAGAGCCACCUCUGCCAACCUCAUGAUCAGCCAGGAGCCCAGCGCUGAUGACCCGGCGACGGAAAUCCUCUCGACCGUGACAAAGCGGCUGCCUCUGUCUGUGGAGUGCGCGGGAACCCCCAGCACGCUGAAGUGCAUCCUAUCCAGCCCCCUCUGGGAGUCCCUUUAUAAAUGCUUCAAAGGCUAUGAUCCCCUAAUCCACUGUGUCUUGCUAACCUUUUUGAGCUAAGAAAUUGAAUGAUUUGAGUUAUUAUUUGUUAUACAUAAAUCUUUGAAAGAUCUUCAACUUGCUAUAAAAGGAGAGAUCAACCUCACCCAAGAACUGGAGGAAAUAUAUGACUCUUUUCUUAACAUGAGAGUGCCUGCACUGUAGCAGAAAUAUGCCUACAACUCAUGUAAACCCCUGAGUUCCUGGGUUGAUGAUCUCAUCCAGUGACUGAAUUUCUUCAACACCUGGGCCAAAAGGGCGCACACAGUGAUCCAUCAGUAGUCUAUGAAAUUUGUCAUGGUUGGGAAGCAACCUGUGCCACCCACCUCUAGCCAAAAACCCAGACAACCUGCCGAUCAAAAGAGUGGCUUCUUGGAAGGGUUUCCAGCAAGGUACCUACUCCGGGCUUUCUUCUUCCCGCAAGCCUUUCUUACUGCUGUGCUUCGAGACUACGGACGGGCGCGAGGAAUCUCCUUGGACGCCCUCUCGUUUAUCCUCCACGUGAUCCCCGACACCGCGGCCACCCAGGAUGAGGAAGUGCCUGUCUUCAUGGAGAAGAAACUAGGCAAGGCCAGUAGAGCCUUCAGGGGCACAGACCGUGCACACGUGGGAAUUCACUUUUUUGGUUUGUUCAUCAAGGGAACAAGGUGGAACCAUGAGCAAAAAAUACUGGAGGACUUGCUGCCUGGUGAGCUGUGUUGUAAUUUUCCUGAAAUACACUUCUUGCCAACAAAAAUUUCUACUGAAAACCCAAAUGAUGCUCAGCAGGCAGAUUCGCAGCUCUGUACUUUUGAAUGCCCAGUUUAUUAGACGCCAGACAAGUCAUGGAUCUUGACAACUCCUGACUUACCCUCAAGGUUAACAUCAGCGCUUACCACAGAGAAACCUCUUAGUCACUGGAUCACAAUGCAGGUGACUUUGCUGUGUGGGAGGAAUGAAAAAUAA